AAAAAUGCCGGUUUUAACAAAUAUUGUAAAUCUUUUAAAGUAUUUGGUUUUAUAUUAUUUAAGUAAAUAUAAUUUGUCAUUUUGAUUUUUGUCUGAUCUCACUCGACACUCAUAUUGAUUAAUUUGAUAAUAAACUUUUUAAUGGUUGUUGUAAGUAAAGAUGAAAAUGAGACUAACAAAUUACCACAAGUCGCAAAAAAAUCAAGUGAUACCAUGGCAUCAGCUGCGUUUUUAACUUGCGUUGCGGCUGGUGCUGGUUUAUUUGCAUUUGCUUCAACUCUGGCAUCAGCUAGAAAAACAGACCCUACCAUGUUUUCCAAAGGUCAAGCUCCUCCAUUGCCCACUGCUGAAUCAGGUGUACAGUUGGCUAUUAGAGCACUGAAAUGGGGAACUUUCUACGCUUUUGGUGGCUGUGGAUUGUUUUUUUAUGGUGUUUGGAAAAUGAGCGGAGCUAAUGAUAUGCACGAGUUUAGACUGAAAGUUGGUUCACUUCUCCCAAGGCUUACUCCAACCGUUCACAAUUCUCGAACAGAGUUUGAAGGAUUGACAGAUUUAAUGACAUAUUUGGCUACAGACUAUUCAGGACAAACUCCAAAAACUAAAAUCAUUAAUGACUCAAAUAAUGAGACUAAAAAUGAAAUCCCCAAAAAUUGAUAGAAACAUUGUAAUGUAUAUUACAUUUAUUAAAUAGUUGUUUAAAUAAAAUAAACAAACAAUAUUUUUUUUUUCAAAUAAUUUACAAACAAAAAUACAUAACAAAAAAAAAAAGGUUGAACAAAUAAAGUGUGUGCUUAUAAUGUAGCAUACUUAAUUAUUUCCUAGCGGCUAGGUAUGUACAGUAAUGUUGAUUUGUUUAUAAAUUAGAAUAUACUUAACCGUGUAAAUGUGAUCAUGAUAACAAUAUUAAAUAAAAGAAACUUUCAUUUAUUACA